UGGCCUUUCUCUGCAUUCCUGCCUUGCAGCUGAGCUUCCGGCCAGCCGUGACUUCUCUCAGCUAUAUUUUUAUCACAGGCACAGCAAAACAAGGCCAAGGAAGCCCUAAAUGAGCACUAGUCCGGAUACCAAUCCAGAACCCAGGUUUAAGCUAUGGCAUCCUCCUAUUCUGCCCUCCUUCUGGGGGAUUCAGCUGCCUUCACUGCGGCCCUCCGGACUCUCAUCAACAAUCCACAGUUCAGUGAUGUGACAUUCCUGGUUGGGGAAGAGCAGCAGGAAAUCUUUGCCCAUCGCUGCCUCCUCUCUGCUCGCUGCCAGGCAUUCCAUGCAAUGCUAGGCCAGCCCCAGGAGAUGCCAGCCCCACUUCUCCUGAGCCAUGUGCAGCCAGAGGUGUUCCUUGCAGUCAUUGAGUACCUGUACACUAAUAGUGUCUCCCUUAACAAUGUCAGUGCCCUGGAGGUCCUGGCCUCAUCCAUAGAGUAUGGGCUGAAUGACCUCAGAAAGCUAUGUGUUGAAUUCAUCAAAGACUCAUUGAGUGUGGAACAGGCCUGUGAUGCCUUGCAGGCUGCUGUAGCAUAUGGGCAGGUGGAUCUACAGAUGCAUUGCCUGGCAUUCAUUGAGAACUGUAUCCGGGAGGUAGUGCAUACAUGUGGCUUCCUGGAACUGUCUGAAUUGGCAAUGCAAACUAUCUUGCGGAGUGACUGCCUGGCUAUUGAUGAAGUGGAGCUGAUUCAUGCUGUUCAGGAAUGGGCUCAUGUUGGAUCUGCUGUGCUUGGAAGUCCAGUGCGUGAUGUGGCAGAGGGAGUUGUAAGUGAGCUCCGUCUAGCUCUGCUGUCGCCAAGUGAGCUGACCACCCUGGAGAAGGAGAAUAGAAAGGACCAGAUGAUUCCAGUAGAGAGUUUGUCUGAGGCCUGGAAGAUGCAUGCCUUAUGGAAGAGGCGUGGAACACGAUCUUGUUUGUGCCGGCGUCGGCGUGGCACAUUGCCCCGGGAGCAUCAUCGCCACCUUGACCCAGAGCACAAGUGACUCAGUCAGGACUCACAGGACAGGAAAAAAGCAGUGCUUUGAUGCCCAGCUCAAAAAAACUUUGUGGUACUGAGCCAGGAACUAGCUGCUGUUGAUUGGAUGCCCCAGUUACACCCUAUUGGAUACCCUGCUGAUUGGAUUCCCCAGUUGUGUCCUAUUUGCAGACUGACUUAUAGUGCAGUUGGCAUAAAAAGUACCCAGUGUGUGAGGAGACCUCUGAUUUCCAUCAAAUGGACUGGUUAAAAAGUGUUGUCACUCCCUCACUCAUCUUACACGAGCCCAGAAGAAAGAUCUGAAGCAUGAAAGACAUCUACUUUCCAUCAAAAGGACCAAUGAACUUGGCCUUGUAUGUCAUGUUGACCACUUGUCAUGUUGAUCAGUUCCCCACUACUAACAUGUUUGUCCCCAGAGACCAAGGGCUUGUGGAUUUGGACAAUUAAUGGAAUAAUCUGAGGGUGCUCUUGUAUUGAAGCUCUAAAUUUUCUAAAUAAAUAAAUAGUGCUGGCACUGGUAUAGAAAAUGUCUCAAUGCUGUGGGCUACUGUCAA